GUUUCCCUCCCGCUGUGAUCGAUGCAGGGAAGGGGAUGAGCGCUGAGAGCAGGCGGGCCUGGAUCGAAUCGAAGAGUCUCAUUCUCAAACAGACUUACUGCGAGAUGCCCAAUUACGACAUCCUAAUCCCCGUUCUGCUAAAAGAAGGCAUCGACGAGCUACCCAAUCACUGCAAACUCACUCCAGGUGUGCCUCUGAGACCCAUGUUGGCUCACCCCACCAAGGGUGUCGGCGAGGUGAUGAAGAGGUUUGACGAGGCCGCGUUUACCUGCGAGUACAAAUACGACGGAGAGCGCGCUCAG